CAGAGUCAAAAUCUACUACAGCGACGAAAGUGCAACCGAGCUCCGGAGUGACAACAGCAGAGUCAAAAUCUACAACAGCGACGAAAGUGCCACCGAGCUCCGGAGUGACAACAGAGUCAGAAUCUACAACAGCGACGAAAGUGCCACCUAGCUCCUUAGUGACUACCGAUAGCAGAGUCAAAAUUUACAACAGCGACGAAAGUGCCACCGAGCUCCGGAGUGACUACAGAGUCAGAAUCUACAACUGCGACGAAAGUGCCACCGAGCUCCUUAGUGACUACCGCAAAGUCAAAAUCUACAACAGCGACGAAAGUGCCACCGAGCUCCGGAGUGACAACAGAUUUUACCGUCUUCACUACAAAUCUGAUUAUGCAGAUGGUUUUUACCGGAACAGCAGUUCUAGUCCUAGUUAUUGGAUGUAUCUGUGUUUUAAUGGUUUUCGUAACAAAGCCAUCGAAUAGAAUCAAACCAACUGGAGAAUAAGAAGAGUAUUCUUAUCGUAUUUAACUUAAGCGCAGAUUAUCGUUUCAACGAGCCUAAACAAAGCGAAAAUUAAAUUGCAUUUAUAUAGAUAUUUAAUAAAUAUAAUGAGUUUAAAUCACGAU